ACAGGCGGGAAGAUGUCCGCUCGGUUCGGACAGUGGAGCCGCUGUUUGUGGGCUCGCUCUCCGGUUAGUUCCCCUUCACAGCUACGGAGGAAUCACCCGGUGCGAUGUCCGGAGGGAGAGAGGCGGCUGUCGCAAGCGCGGGCAGGGGGCCAGCACAGACCACUAGAGGGCCUCACCGUGUUAGACUUGACGAGAGUCCUGGCGGGGCCCUUUGCCACCAUGAUCCUGGGGGACCUGGGAGCCCAGGUUAUCAAAGUGGAGCGACCAGGCGCCGGCGAUGACACCCGGGCCUGGGGCCCCCCCUUCGUCGGAGCAGAGAGCGCCUACUUCCUCAGCGUCAACCGGAACAAGAAGAGUAUUUGUGUGGACCUGAAGCAUCCCAGAGGAGUCGGCAUCAUUCAGGAGCUCGCAGCAGUGUGUGACGUGCUGGUGGAGAACUUCCUCCCGGGGAAGCUGGCCCGGUUGGGUCUAGGAUACGAGCAGCUGUGUGCGGUGAACCCGGGGCUGGUCUACUGCUCCAUCUCAGGUUACGGACAGACUGGUCCUCAGGCUCAGAGUCCGGGUUACGACUCCAUCGCCUCCGCCGUGUCGGGGAUGAUGUACAUCACGGGGUCAGAGGACGGGGAGCCCGUGCGUCCUGGCGUUGCCAUGACGGACUUGGCGACGGGGCUGUACGCACACGGAGCCGUCAUGGCCGCCCUGCUGCAGAGACACAAGACGGGGAGGGGGGUCCACAUCGACUGCAACCUGCUGUCCUCACAGGUGUCCUGUCUCACCCAUAUUGCUGCUAACUACCUGAAUGGGGGUCAGGAGGCUCGGCGCUGGGGGAUGGCCCACGAGAGCAUCGUCCCCUAUCAGGGCUUCAGCACCAAAGAUGGACACAUUGUGGUGGCGGCAGCCAACGACCAACAGUUUGUCAGCGUGUGUAAAGUUCUGAAGCUGAAGGAGCUCACAAACAAACCAGAGUACAAAAGCAACAAACUGAGAGUCCAGAACCGCCGAGAGCUGCUGCACAUUCUGUCUCAGAGGUUCCUACAAGAGAAAACAGCUGAUUGGCUGCGGAAAUUUGAGGGAUCAGGUGUUCCUGUCGGACCAAUCAACAACAUCCAGGAAGUGUUUUCUGAUCCACAGGUGAAACACAACGGCCUCAUACAGCAGAUGGAGCAUCCAACGGCAGGACGGAUCACUGUACCGGGUCCAGCGGUUCGCUUCAGCAGCUUUUCCCACGCCGAGGCGACGCCCCCUCCUCUGAUUGGCCAGCACACCGUGCAGGUGCUGCGCCAGACAUUGUCCUACAGUGAUGACAUCAUCAAUGCGCUGCUGGAGUCUAAGGCGGUGACUCAGAAUGAGGUGUCAUGAUUGGCUGAGAGGAAGAACCAAUGAGAACAGAUCCUGGGGUCACAGGGGUCAACAAGUCUGAUGAGAAAUUGUUGUCUUUAUUAUUGUUUUAUUACCUCUUUGAUGCUCAGCUAGUUUUUACUUUGAUUUAAACACUUAAGAUCUCUAAAUAAACAGUUUUUUGCUUUUACAUCUUCUCAAAUGUUUUGCCCGGAUUGUGUGCGAAUCACGUGUGUCCCUGAACGCAUCGCAUCGUGUGAGAGGCCUGCAUGUAGAGCCUCUCACCAACAAGGAGACAUUCUAUUUACUAAAUAAUAAACUCAUUUAUUCAUAAAUCUUCAUUGGGAAGAAUUAAACAAACUGAGAUUUUCUGUUAAAGUACAAACUAACAAAAUAUGUUCACUUUACAUUUUGUUUUCUGGAGGUUUUUUCAAACAAUUCUCUCGAAAACAUGAACUAAGAUGAAUAUGGAGAUGUGGAAAGGAGGCAAUGGGGGGAGGA